AUGCUUCUGGUUGUUCCGAGUCCAGUGAAGGAUGUGUGGUAUGGGAUGAAUUGGGCGCCUGACCUGAAUGACCUCGCCUUGUUUCUCAUCAGCACAUCGGUAGCAAUGGCCGAUUCCAAAGCCAACCGGCCUUGGAGGAUCCUCCUCCUCGUCGUGUUGUUCGUCUCUGUUACGAAGUCGCAGACAAUCUACUGCAACACAACCAGCCCAUGUGUAAAUGAUGCGUGUUGCCAAUGGAAAGAUAACCAAGGCAUAUGUGGCUACGGCUCGUUUUGCCAAACCGAUUGCAUCAGCAACUGCAAUGCCACUGCCGAGUGUGGAAAAGAUGCCAAAGACCCGUCUGCUAGCUGCCCGUUGAAUGUGUGUUGUUCUCAAUGGGGAUUCUGCGGAACAGGGGAUCUCUUCUGUGGGAACGGUUGUCAAGGUGACAACUGCGGAGAUCCCACUGUCCCCUCGUGCAGCUCAAAUAACGUUCUCAACCGGGUUGUGGGAUACUAUGAAUCCUGGUCAAGCGGGCGAGCAUGUGAUGCAUGGCGUCCAAGUGACAUGGCGGUCAGUGGAUUGACACAUAUCAACUACGCAUUUGCAUUGUUCAGCCGAAAUCUUCUCGAUGACAGCUUAUGGAACAUCGAAUUCAUGGACGACGGUACAAAUGAUGUCGACUCACUAAUUGAAGAGUUUGUCUCCCUCAAGCAAAACAAUCCUCAACUGAACUGCUACUUGAGUAUUGUCCUCAAGACCUUGCAACAGUAUGGCUUCGAUGGUGUCGAUCUGGACUGGGAGUACCCCGCGGCGUCUGAUCGAGCUGGCAAGACAGCAGAUACGGUGAACUAUGUUUACCUAGUCAACCAGUUGAGAAAGACGUUCGACGAGUCUGGUCAGACUUACGGAAUUACGUUCACCAUACCGACUAGCUAUUGGUACAUGCAACAUUUUGACAUUCCCGCGAUGCUUGAAGGUGGUGCUGACUGGGCCAAUCUGAUGGCCUAUGACCUGCACGGUGUGUGGGAUGGAAAGGACCCAAACAUCGGAAGUGUGAUCGCCUCACACACUAACUUGACGGAAAUUAAAGCCUCACUCGACCUACUCUGGCGAGCUGGAGUCAACCCUACGCAGAUCGUGAUGGGAAUGGGUUUCUAUGGCCGUUCAUUCACGUUGUCCGAUUACUCCUGUACAGAGCCUGGGUGUCCAUUUUCAGGCCCUGGCACUGCGGGAUCUUGUUCGAAUAGCAGUGGCAUUCUCUCUUAUAAAGAAAUCACAGAAAUCAUGGAUGAGGAGGGGUCUGAGCUCAUCUGGAACGAGGAAGCAGCCGUUAACUACCUUGUCUGGGGCGGCAAUCAAUGGAUCUCGUUCGAUAAUGCGCAAACAUUUCAGCAGAAGGUCGACUACGCUAAUUCAGUCUGUUUGGGAGGCGCCAUGAUCUGGGCAGUUGAUCAGGAUACCUAUGAUUGGAAGGCGCUUUCUGGUCUUCUUGGGCAGGCUGUUGAUGGGAACGAUCUUCUCAACGGCGGAUCGUUAUUGGAAUCCCAGAAGAAAUCACUCGUCAGUGAGCUGUCUGCAUACACAGGGGCUGAUUGUUAUAUCAGCGACUGCGUGGACAUAAACACAGGGCAAUGCAAGUCAGGGUACAGUGUUCUGGACUAUGUUCACUCUGCGUCUGGUAACGGCGCUGCGCUCCAGAAUCCCGACAGCAAGCAGUGUCAUUCUGGCAGUGAGACUGACCACAAUUCUCAGUAUCGCAUGAUUUGCUGCCCUGCUCAUGCUAUGCCUGAGGGAUGCGUUUGGGAGGGGGCAAAUGAAUUUGGUCUGUGCAGUGGGAACAGUAGCACAUGCGGUGAUAACAAGUAUGAGCUGGUGGCAGAUACAUACAAUGAUCGGACAGGAACAAUUCGAUGCCUAAUCAACCAGCGGUCACUCUGUUGUAACACCAACAGUCUACUGAAUGAGUGUCAUUGGAGUGGGUGCGCAGAUUCCUGCCCUACCAAUUGGACGACAAACGAGUGGGGAAGUAUAUUUGGAGGGAACAACUUGAACCCCGACGAGGGCGAAGCGUGUCCAUACCUCUACAGUUUCUGCUGCCCCUCUACAGACACGUACAAAAAUUGCGAGUGGCACUAUUGCGAUUACUGUCCGAGCGACAAGGUGCUCAUUACUCGGCGUAUGGAAAUUGACUUCUUCCUCAACGAAGGAUAUUACUCCCGAUGUGGCGAUACAUCGACAGGCGCGCUCUACAACUCGUUUUGCUGCGACCCCCCUUCUGCCUCUGAGAAUCGGCCUGUGGAUCCCGCAGAUCUCUUUGAGUAUCCAGAUGAAGACCACGUGAUGUAUUCCUACGAAGUCGAGAAAACAUCAAACGAUGAUGCUACCAACAAUGAAAACAGUGAUCCAUUUGCAUUUGUCAUGAUCGAUGGCGAUCCGGAAGCGUACGAUGAGUCUCUUGUCGACCAAUGGAGCUUCCUCGUGGACGAGGAACAACUAACCAAGCGAUCUCUCAAAAUGCACGAGCGAAGAAGCAUAUUCGAAUACCGCGAUGAUACUUUCGACAACGAGGUCGAGGUCUAUCAUAUUCAGUGCUCCACUACUUUCAUCAACGGCACCAGUGGUUGCAUGUCAAUCUUCCAGGGUGGUGCAAACAAUACCAUCGUGAAGAUGCCAAAGGACAUUGGAGCCGGUCCAUUUGCACGGGUUAUCAGUCUUGUUCCGGUGGGCUCUACCGGAAAAUCGGGUCGUUCUAAUAUCUUACCACGUUCCAGUACCGAUACCUACGAGUUGACUGUUGACUAUGACCUCGCCGGUGCAUCGGCAGAGAGGAGUGGCGAUGUAAACUUCAGGGUUGAUUACACUAAUCUUCUUGAAUACUGGAAGGAUAUCACCGACACUCCAUCUAAGCGCCGCAAGCGCUGGUUUGGUGGUUUUAGUGCCUGGCUGUCUAAAAUGACCUCUAUAACAAAAAAGGAUCAAGGAUACCUUCCGAUGGAGUACGAUGAAACCAUCAAGCUCUUCCACGCCCAGGGGUACUGCCCUGACCUCAAUAUCACCGCGACCGUGGAUCUAGACGCCAACAUUCACUUGGCACUCAGGGCCCAGUAUGGAUAUUACUUUGAGGGAGCCAUCCUCCCUACCCCGUCUUUGAUUGCCGCGUAUGGAUACUUUUCAGUUGCGCCUGAAGCAUCGAUCCUCUUCACCCUUCGCGGCGAGGCUGUCUGGCAGUCAACUACCGGAACACAGUCAAUCAUUAGCGGCAUCACCUUCCCUGGGCUCUCCAUCAAAGGUCUUAUUAGUAUUGGACCGGAGCUUGAGCUGACUGGCAAAAUGGAUGCGUCGCUUAGUAUCUCUGGAGAGCUGAAUGCCGGCGUGGUUGCAUCGUGGCCCCGUGCCGAGGUGUAUUUCCCUCAGGACGACGGCGGCUCGGACGCGACAAUCAUGCCAAAGGACAUAGUUGGUGACGAUCCACAGACUUUUAGUGUUGACCCCAUCUUCGAUGCCUCUCUGACGGCAGAGGGGAAUAUGGCUUUAACACUCACCCCUCAGGUGAAAUUCGGUAUCUCUGUCCUAGGCGGAAGUCUCAUGUCUGGAUAUGUGACGGCGGGUGUGGACAACACUGUUUCAUUGGGUAUCAAUGCAUCUGCGUCUGUCUCCUACGACGGCACUACGUCUGCGGGAUUCUGCUACUGGGCUGACUAUAUCUACUCUUUCUUUGUUUCUGCGGACGUCUCAUUUCUGAAUGAUCUUGCCUACUGGGGCAGUUCGUAUGAGGCGGCCUCCCCUGAUGACCCAAUUGUCUUGGUGGAAAACACCUGCAUCACAUACUCGAGUAAUGACCCUCUCAGCAAACGGAGCAGCGUGGAAAGCCUCGUUGCUAACAGCACUGGUUCUGGCUGUUUCGGUGGACUGGUGGAAUGCUCGACUACUGUUAGUGCGGGCAAUUCCUCCUGUACAUUGACUAGCGGCGACGAAGGCUCGGGCACAACAACCAGCAAGCGCGCACCGCAGUGCUACAACCUUCCUGCUCUCUUUUACAACUGUGAUCUAUUUGGUGCAACCGCUGUCACGAACCGGAAUCAAAACACGAUGCAGAACUUUGGCUCGAAGUCGUUCAUUGGUAUCUGCGAUAAUGUUCGAAACUAUCUGCAAAAGAAUCCGGGCAAGAUUAAAGGAAACGGAAUGGAGCUUACUUACUUCUCAAGCAACGAACAACAAAAAACUGGUGGCAAUCGACACGAUGCAUGCUCUGCUAAAUACAAGGAGUGCGUGCAGGAGAAAACUGCCUUGUGGCCGACCGAGGUACAGUCAAUGUAUAACUGGCAAACCACCCAGACGAUCAAUGGUGUUCGCACUAUCGUUCCAGCACCGACCGACUAUGCCCUAAUGCAAGGCUACGACGAUAGUCUAUCGUGUGAUGAAUUUCCUUUCAAUGCAUCUGAGGAAGGAGGCACUGGUGCGGAAGUCGCAUGCGUAAGCGCCCAUCAAAAUGACUACCAGGGAACGAUCAAUAGCCUGAUAAGUAAUAUAUACGACGCGAGAACCGGCACUACGAUGCCGUGGAGCGGAUGGACUUUUGCUAAGCCUUGGACCGGUCAGACACGCAAGUACAGAAUCAAUCUCACAUCCGGGACGCACAAUGGCUACGAUCUGUCUUACGCGGGCGAAAUUACUUACGCGCCCUAUGACAUGGCCUACAUCCUGGGUGGGUUGAAUCUUUGGGGAAAUCCAGAGCUCUAUUUGUCUCCGACUACUAGAAACGCUGUGUGCUUGCUCGGAUCAUGGUACAAUCCGCUGCUCGGUAUUAAUGAGGGCCGGGCGUAUGGGUGUGACGUUACUUUCGCGGCCCAGACGACUCUGUUCAAGAGAGCCCAGGAUCCUGAUGAUCCCAGCACCUGGGUGGUUGAGAAGGUGCAAGUCUCCGCUGAGGACUUGAAGAAUCCAAUCCCGCUGUUCACGGAAGAUGGAAAGGGCUAUCUCGACAACGCUGCACGCAAUCUUGAAGGAAUGAUGGAAAAACUGAACCUCGAGGCCGAUCAAGAGAAGGAGCCCAUGAUCACGGCCACACCACAUGCAAGUCAUUUGCGAAGCGACAAAGAAUCCCACCAUUAUCGCCACUGA